UGCGCACUGUCUGCUGUCAUUUUUGCGCAACACUGUGGCUGGGUCUGGGAAGAGAGGGAAUUCCUGAAAUCACCGCAAUCUCAGAGAGGUGAUCAUAUUAAACAAUGGGGAACAGAGACGAUGAAUAUGACUUCUUGUUUAAAGUCGUACUUAUUGGAGACUCAGGAGUGGGGAAGAGUAAUUUACUGUCCCGGUUCACAAGAAAUGAGUUCAACCUGGAGAGCAAGAGCACCAUCGGGGUGGAGUUUGCCACCCGCAGCAUUCAGGUGGACGGCAAGACGAUAAAGGCUCAGAUUUGGGACACAGCUGGACAGGAACGCUACAGAGCAAUUACCUCAGCGUAUUACCGAGGGGCAGUUGGGGCUCUCCUCGUGUACGACAUCGCCAAGCACCUGACGUAUGAGAACGUGGAACGCUGGCUGAAGGAGCUGAGGGACCACGCUGACAACAACAUCGUCAUCAUGUUAGUUGGAAACAAGAGCGACCUCCGCCACCUCCGAGCAGUACCCACUGACGAGGCCCGGGCCUUCGCAGAAAAAAACACUCUCUCAUUUAUUGAGACAUCAGCGCUGGACUCCACAAAUGUAGAAGAAGCCUUUAAGAACAUUUUAACAGAAAUCUACCGUAUCGUAUCACAGAAGCAGAUAGCAGACAGAUCUGCACACGAUGAGUCUCCAGGAAACAACGUUGUGGACAUCAGUGUCCCACCAACCACUGAUGGGCAGAAGGGCAACAAACUGCAGUGUUGCCAGAACCUGUGACACCCACCCAUGACACUCUGUCCUCCUCCUACACCACGUCUCUGAAUCCACCUCGACAUCACAUCACCUGUGCACUUUCUGUUUCCGUAGCUCUGCUCACGGUCAACGCCUUUGUCACUCUGUCCUUUAUUUCCCCUCCUUUGUUUCUUUUACUCUGUUUUAUAAAGUUCUUUUCAACUCACUUGUGCUCUUCUCUUCUGCCAUGAAACAAAACUUCCAGAAGCCUUUAUGUCACUUGUUCAGUCGCGUUGCUCACGGAGUAAAUGUGAAGGUUCCUUCGAUGCAGGGACGAGACAGCCGCCGCUGUCAUGGCGACGCCUAUGAAGUUGUUUGAACUCUCCUUAGACACUGUCCUGUAUGUGGAGGUAGUGGAACAUUUCGGUGGUUACCACUAGAUGGUGCUGUGUAAAUAAACUACAGGCAGUCAGUCCAACCUGGUGAAACAGUAUUAUGCAUCUGACAGUGCGGUUCUUGCAUUCUUCUUACAUCAGUUAAGUUAUCAUGCCAAAAAUAUCCUCAUUAUGUAUUUAUUGAAGUAUAUUUGGCUUAAGUUGUCAUCGUUUUACUUUCAGUUAAAACUGUAUAAAUUUACAAUAAAAUUCUUGACAAAA